UUGAUGCAUUAAUAAAUAAAAAAAACUACCGCAUUAAUGUAUCAAAUAAUCACCUGCCAUGUGUAUGCCACAUAUGGCGACUGCUGCAGUGAGCGACUACGAAUAGCAUUACUCAUUUGAAAAUGAUUGAUGAAAAAGAUGGAAGUUUGCUCAUAAAGGACCAAAAAGGGUAAAAUGUAGAAUCUACGUGCAGAGCACCUAAGAAAAUUAGUGUAUAACUUUUGUUACACAGAUUUUCGCCAAGCAUAGUAUAUCCUAUUGAAAAGAUAAUUGAAUUAGAGUUCAAUAGGAAAAAUGAAUUGUAAUUCAAGGUCAUGCAUCAAAAGUUACUAACAUUUAAAAUUAGACAGUCAAGCAAACUCAAGAUUUGUCUUGCAAACUCGAUAUUUAUUUGGCAUACUCACUUUCACAUAGAAAAAUCAAUAUUUCCAGUUGAGAUUUUAUUUGCAAUCUUGACAGAUAGCUACAACAUUCGAUAUUUAACCAAUGAAAACUCGUUAUUUCACCCAUUCUACAUUUAUUAAAAUUUUACUUUCACAAUAAAAUUCUUGUUUGAGUUUGCAUGUGUAUAAUUCUCUUGAAAACUAUUGGUUUGGCUUCAAGAUUUGGGCACCAACCAUUUGUACUAUGUAAUUUUAACCAUACAAAGAUUUUGGGCAUUUUUAAAAAAGAUUUUUUUUUUGUUUUUUUUUUUGGUAAUUGCUCAUUUUAUAAAAUGGUCACUUUUGCAAAAUCUUCCAAAAUUUGCCACAUUUCGAAUCCACCACCCAAAGUUUCCCCAUUUAAAAUUUUUGAACUUCUCUGCCCAUUAAUAGUUUUAGAUUUCAUCACUUUUGAAGCAUUAAUUUUCUGUAAUUAUGUUACCUCAAAUAACAAGUUGUCACAUAAAAUGUCUACUGUGAUAAUUGACUAUGAAUAUGAUUACUCUUAGAUUGGUUUGUAAUUAAUUGUUGGAUAAGAAAUUUAAGAGUAUGACAUAUUACGUGGGAUUUAGUUUCUUAGAUUCAUGUUAAUUAGGGCAUGAAGUAAAUUUUUUUUUUUUUAAAAGAAAAGGAAAUAUUAAAUUUGAGAUCGUAUUUUUCUUCAAAUAUACAGUAUUUCUCAAGUAAUUAGGUCUAUUUUUAUUGAAUUUUGUUGGUUGUGCUCGGUGUAUAGCCCUCUCACAAAAAGGAGGGCCCGCAUCCAAUAAAAAAAUCGCGAGUGCCCCUCUUGUGAGCAUUUAAUAAAAAAAAUCGCCGACCCCCCUCUUACGAGGGAGUGUGCAACUAGCAAAACUCAUUUAUAUUCCAUGAACACAACACAUGGUAACAGAACCAUUUCUGGUCCACUCCAUCCGCCGUGCACGUCCUCCCACCAAAUCGUUUUUAAACUUUAAAAUCCACAAAAAUCAUUAUAGCCGUUAACUCUCUCACUCCCUGUAUUUUGUAACGCCUAAAAAAUAAAGUAGUAUCUGUUCUUAAUUUCUCCAACCUAUUAAACCCAAAUUUACCUUAUACUUCUUCCACGCUCAAAUCCUUUGUUAUCUCUGCAAAUCUUGAAUUUAGACCUCGUAAUUUUUGAAAGCAGUAUCCAGAUGGAAAAAAAUAUCAAGGGGAUGAAAGGGAAGCUACUAAAAAAAUUGAAGACUUUCAAGACAAUUGGUUACUUGAAGCCAGAAAAAGUUCUUCGGGUAAAUGAAUUGAAUGAAAGCCUCUACACUUCAUCACCGAAAUCAAAUUCCUCGGCUCCUCCUGCCCUCGUGCAAAUCCAAGAAGCACCCAACAAAUGUGUUGAGAUCAGAGUUCCAGUACAAGAACCAGAGAUCAUUGAUGUAUCAGAGCUAAUGAAGGACCUGGAAGAUCAAGAAAUGGAGUUUGACGAUGAAUUCAAUGAUAAAGAAAACGUUAGGCCAGCAAUAAAGUCGAAGAUCCCGAAUAAUUUUGAAGAAAAACUGGAGAUUGUUCAUUCAUCUAAACAACAGAAUGAGGUUUGUGAAACUAAUCAAAUUGUAGGAGAGGAGAGAGAGGAUAUUCCUCUGUCGGAGAUUGAUAUAUUAUGUUUCAGGCAGCCGGAUUUAGAUUCUGGAACCCUUUUUGACCCUAACCUUCUUGCAGCAUUUGAGCAGGCAAUUACUGAAGUUAAAGCCCAAGAGGCAGAGAGAACAUCCAGAAUUGAGGAAAAGAAAAGGGGAAUUUUGGAUUAUCAGGAACCAGUACCGCCACCGUUAAAAACACGGAAAAUCGAGGAAGAAAAUGGUUCUCUACUAGAAUUCGAAGAAAAGUGUCCACCAGGGGGAAGCGAUUCAGUUAUUCUCUACACAACGGGGCUUAGAGGAAUACGAAAGACAUUCGAGGAUUGUCAUAGGCUUAGGUCCCUAUUGCAGAAUUUAAAGAUUUUGUUUUACGAGAGGGAUAUUUCGAUGCAUUCAGAGUUUAAGGAAGAAUUGUGGAGGAUUUUGGGUGGAAAAGUGGUGCCUCCAAGGCUUUUUAUUAAAGGGAUGUACAUAGGUGGAGCAGAGGAGGUUUUGGGAUUGCAUGAAAAAGGAAAGCUUAAGCCACUCUUCGAAGGAAUUGCCAUUAACAGAUCUGAAGGUCCAUGUGAAGGCUGUGCUGGAAUAAGGUUUAUUAUGUGUUUCAAUUGCAAUGGAAGUCGAAAAAUUAUUCGGGAGGAGAACGUUGAAUCCAUAGAUUGUUCUGAUUGUAAUGAGAAUGGAGUGAUCAUAUGCCCCUUUUGUUGUUGAAUCAUUUGCCUCAUUUCCUCCUUUUUUGCCAUUGUUAUUAUCAGGAUGUAUGGUAUGUAGUAGCCAAUUGAGCAACAAGAUU